GCGACGCUCGCGGUGACCACUAGAGGGCAGGCGUUUCCGGGUAGAAGGACCGGUCAACCUGCCACUCAAGGUGGAGGGUUGGGUAGGAAGGACCUUAGGCUUCAGUGGAGCCCAAGUUUCGUCCUUUUAAGUGGAAAUUUCCCCCACCGCCUUUUUCUCGGGAGAAAGCCAAAGAGAGACCCAGGCUACUGGAAAGUCUGGCAGGGGCGGGGACUGUGGUUUUCAGAGUACAGGGAGCGGUUAGAAGGGUGGGGCUGUUCCGGGAAGUGGCGCGGGGGGGGGCGCAGUGCGGGGAGAGAGACUAAAACUAGCGACCUGUUCGCGGUUAUCCAGCUCCCUUAUGUCCUCUCAACUUAUGAGAAGUGGUUUUCAAGGACCCGCAGAGAGAAUAGGAAAAGGGAUCGGAGGACCUAGGGGUGGGCUUCCCUAGUCUUCUUGUCCAGGGUCUUCCUGCGUCCCCCUUCCUCCUCUUGACCGUUGCUCUGGGACUAAAACCAGAACCAGGGGGCCCCAGGUUUCCUCCACAUACACACCUGGGGUAGUCAAGGUUGGUAAAAGUGGGAAGCCACAUGGAGAAAAAAACAGGUUGUCAUAAGGUUGAGUGGAGCCCAAGUACCCUACACAGGAAUGACUGGGGAGGAGGAGGAGGAGGAAAGAAUAGGGGAGGGGGCGGAGUUUUGUUACCUGUUACCUGUCACCUGCUCUGACUGUGCCUAGGGCGGGAGGGGGACUGGUAUAAAGCAGCAGGCACCAGCGCCGGUCCACCUCACACACGCAGCGCCAGCCUUGAGUCUGUUUCUACCCUCUUCCCGCCUGUUCACCACCACCAUGACCCCGGGCAUUCGGGCUCCUUUCUUCAUGCUGCUACUUCUAGCAAGCCUAAAAGUCCACAGCGGCAACUCAGAUCCAGCCACCAGCACUCCAGUCCACAGUGGUGACUCAGACCCCAUCAGCAGCCCUCCAGGGGACUCUACCAGCUCUCCAACUCAUAGUAGCACCUCGUCCCCAGCCACCACACUUCCAGGGGACUCAACCAGCCCCACAGUCCACAGUGGUGACUCAGAUCUAGUCAUCAGCCCUCCGGUGGACUCUACCAGCUCUCCAGUCCACAGUAGCCCCUUAUCUCCAGCCAUGAGACCUCCAGGAGACUCUACCAACACUGAGGUCCACGGUGGCACUUUAUCGGCUCCAGUCACCACAUCCACCAGUUCUCCAGUAGUGCACAGUAGCACCUUGCCCCCAGCCACCAGCCCUGAAGGGGACUCUACCAGUUCUCCAGUAGUGCACAGUAGCACCUUGCCCCCAGCCACCAGCCCUGAAGGGGACUCUACCAGUUCUCCAGUAGUCCACUUUGGCAUCCCAUUGGCUCCAGCCACCGGACCUCCAGAGGACUCUACCAGUGGACCUCCAGAGGACUCUACCAGUACUACAGUCCACAGUGUUGACACAGACUCAGCCACCACCCCUCCAGGGGACUCCACCAGCUCUCCAGUCCACCAUGGUACCUCAGCUACAACUAAUAGCUCUGAAUCAGACUUGGCCACCACUCCAGUUUACAGUAGCAUGCCAUCCUCUACUACCAAGGCUACAUCAGGCUCAGCUGACCACAAUGGCACCCGGCCUUCAGUGCCAAGUCAGCAUCCUAUUUCUCCUACCAUGGCCGCCACCUCCAGCAACAGCACUAUUGCCAGCAGCUCUUACAUUAGCACAGUGCCUUUCCCUACCUUCUCCAGUAACAGUUCACCCCAGUUGUCUGUUGGGGUCUCCUUCUUCUUGUUGUCUUUUUAUAUUCGGAACCACCCAUUUAAUUCUUCUCUGGAAGACCCCAGCUCCAACUAUUACCAAGAACUGAAGAGGAACAUUUCUGGGUUGUUUCUGCAGAUUUUUAACCAAGAUUUUCUGGGGAUCUCUACUAUCAAGUUCAGGUCCGGCUCGGUGGUGGUAGAAUCGACUAUGAUUUUCCGGGAGGGUACUUUCAGUGCCUCUGAAGUGAAGUCACAGCUUAUCCAGCAUAAGAAGGAGGCAGAGGAGUAUAAUCUGACUAUUUCAGAAGUCAAUGUGAAUGAGAUGCAGUUCCCUUCCUCUGCCCAGUCUUGGCCUGGGGUGCCAGGCUGGGGCAUCGCCCUGCUGGUGCUGGUCUGUAUUUUGGUUGCUUUGGCUGUCAUCUAUUGUAUUGCCCUGGCAGUGUGCCAGUGCCGCCGAAAGAGCUACGGGCAACUGGACCUCUUUCCCACCCAGGACACCUACCAUCCCAUGAGUGAAUACCCUACCUACCACACUCACGGGCGCUAUGUGCCUCCUGGCAGUACCAAACGUAGCCCCUAUGAGGAGGUUUUGGCAGGGAAUGGCAGUAGCAGUCUCUCCUACACCAACCCGGCUUUGGCAACCACUUCUGCCAACUUGUAGGAGCAAGUCACCUCACCCACUGGGGGCAGCUGUGGCAGUCUGCUCCCUCAGCGGUCACUGCCAGACCCCUGCACUCUGAUCUGGGCUGGUGAGCCAGGACUUCUGGUAGGCUACUCCCGGCCUUCCUCAGAGGCUUGUCACGCUCCUCAACCUUGGUAGCCUGGUGAAGCCCAGCCCGGCCCUGGGGGACACUGGGGUAGUGAUGGCUCUCAGAAGGACUGGCCUAGAAAACCUGGAGACAGGGAUGGGAACCCAAAAAUGGCUGAAUAAAAGACGGCCUCCUGUUAGUUACGCCA